AGCUUUAUGUAAAAUAUAGCUUUAUAAUAAAUAAAACAAUAAAAAAAAAUAAAAAAAUAAAAAGUAAAAAAAAAAAUUACACAUUUAAUAUUUACGAUAAAACCUAUAGUUAUAAUGAAUUCAAUCCCUCAUAAUGAUUUUUAUGAAGAAAGCAGAGAUAUGUCACUUUAUUCAUCGGAAAGUAGAGGGGAAAUCGAACCCAAUAAAGUGGUACAUGAAAGCAACCCAUUCAUUAACGAUGAAGUAGAUGCGUCACAUUAUAAAUCUAUGCCUUCAAUAGAAAAUAUAGAAGCCAAAAAGAUGGAUAAUACAUUGGUAAUCAAAUUUAUCGAAAAACUUAACCUUACGAAAAUUUUUCCACCAGAGUAUUCAGCGAAUAAAAUAAUGGUCAAAGAUUUGAAUAAAGAAGGACUACCCAGAAGGUCGAUGAACUGCUUUUUUGUCUUUAGGCAAGUCGUUUAUCUUGAAGUAUUGGAACAAGGACUCAUAGAGGAAGUAAAAGAUGGAGUAUUUUUUACACAAGUCGUUAGUGAAAUGUGGAAAAAAUUGGGGGAGGAAGAUCGUGAAAAAUACAAGAAGCUCGCCAAAGAAAUUAAAAAUCUGCAAAAUGAAUACCAUAAAGAUAAAAUCUAUUGUAAAAACAAGCCAGCUGGUUCGAUUUUCGUUAAUAUGCAUGACGGCAACUUUCGAGAUGCAGAACAUAAAGUAAGAAAGUCAAAAAAAAGUACAAUUAGAAAACAACCAAGAAAACCUAAAAUUAUCCAAAAAAAUACCACGAAUCAAGUAAAUCAACAACUUAUAUAUAAUAUCGAUAAUUUAGACUUUGAACGAAUCAUAUAUCCAAAUUAUGGAUUUUCCGAUCAGAAUAUUAAUUACCACCAUCCGUUAGAUAAUUUCUUUACGCAGGAUAUUAAUAUAUAUGAAAUUUCAACUUCCAAUGAAACAUUCAAUCUACAAGAAUCGUUUUUACCAUUUGAUUUUUGUUAGAUUGAAUCGAUAAAUAAGAUAUUCACUAAAAACUCAUUUCCAAAUUUCUUUAUUAAUACAUAAGAUUUUUAUUUAUUACAUAAUAUGGUACAUAUUUAACAGCUAUGCAAUUUAUUACAUAUGUAUUUUUUUUUCAUUUCAUUCAAUUUUUAAGCAUAUGGAUUUGUUUAUGGGUAAAUAACGUUGUAUUAAGAUAAAUAAAAUUAUAUGAAAUUGG